AUGGUUCAUGGACAAGUUGAGAGGCUGCUCACGAAGCCACACCCACCACCAGGUUUCGAGCUUCAUGUCCUUAUAGUAGAACCAUCAAGUAUCUCUCCGUCGAAUCCGUCACAUCGCGGGGCUUUCCAGUUGCUUCAGCAGCAAUUCCCUCACGCCUCGUUCACCCAGCUGCCUCUACACAGCGUUUUCGAUUAUGUUUCGGGUUUGAACGACAUUCUUGCCGAAUAUGUUGGCCCAGCGUUUGUGGAUGAUACUUCACUGCCUUCCAAAGAGCGCCUUGAUGCUUUCCGUGCUUCUAUCACGUCAGCCACCUCCGCUGCUGAUGUUGACUCUGUCCUGCUGAACAGGCUUAUCAUCGCUUUCGCUAGGAGCCUUGGUUGCCUUGGAAUAAUAUGGGGAGACUCUGACGACCGGCUUGCUGCAAAGACAUUGGCGAAUGUUUCCAAGGGGCGCGGCUCUUCGUUGACUUGGCAGGUGUCUGACGGAACAUCUCCAUUUGGCUUAGAAUUCAGUUUUCCGCUCCGAGAUCUGUUUACUGCGGAAUUGCAGAGUUACGCUAAUUUCUUCCCCGAACUUCUCAACAUCAUAAUCCCAGAUGGCCCUCUCUCCGACAAUAUCCUGACCAAGAACCUAUCCAUCGACCAAUUGAUGAUGCGUUACGUUUCAUCUCAGGGAGCGAAAUACCCUGGUGUCAUGUCUAAUGUGACAAGGACCGUGAAUAAACUUGAAUCAUCCCGAAUGAUUACGGACGGAUUGAGAUGUGCUCUUUGUGACACUUUCAUCUGCAAUCCUGAAGGUCGGCAGACCAUGGAUCUUGAGGAACGCCCAACGAACCAUUUCUGCUACGCCUGUGAACGAUCCCGCCCUGGGCUAAGCUGA